AUGAAGCACGCCGAGAUCGAGACGCUCGCCGCCAAGCUCUCCGGAGACUUUCGGUCCAUCGAACCGCACCUGAGGGACCUCGACAAGCACCUGACGCUGAGGUCCUACCUCGAGGGCUACAGCCUCACCGAGGCGGAGAAGAAAGUAUGGCAGACUCUCAAGGCGAACAAGGUUGCCCUCGGCUCCAUCCGUCGAAAUGUUCUGCCCAACGUCAGCCGCUGGUUCACCUUUCUCGAGCAGGCUCACCCCGAGAUCCAGGAGGACACCAAGGGCGAGGCCAAGAAGGCGGGCGCCAACUUCAACCUCGCCCUCCAGGACACGGACAAGGGUGUCGUCACUCGAUUCCUCCCCGAGCCUUCAGGGUACCUUCACAUCGGCCACGCCAAGGCGGCGCUGCUGAGCGAUUACUUUGGUCACGUCGCGAACAAGGGUCAGAUGCGCCUCCGUCUGGACGACACCAACCCGGCCAAGGAGAGCGAGGAGUUCCAAGACGCCAUCGUCGAGGACCUCGCCCUCAUGGGCAUCAAGGUCGACGCCUUGACCUACACGUCGGACUACUUCGACUACCUCUACGAGACGUGCAAGAAGCUCAUCACCAUGGGCAAGGCCUACGCCGACGACACGGACCAGGAGACGAUGCGCAACCAACGCAUGGACGGCAUCCCCUCCAAGUGCCGCGACCGCGCCGUCGACGAGAACUUGCGCAUCUUUGAGGAGAUGAAGAAGGGGUCGGACGAGGGCAGGGUGCACUGCAUCCGUGCCAAGAUUUCGGCCGACGACCCGAACAAGGCGAUGCGCGAUCCCGUCAUCUACCGGUGCAACGUCAACGACGCCCACCACCGGACCGGGCGAAAGUGGAACAUGUACCCCAUGUACGACCUCGCCUGCCCCGUCGUCGACAGCCACGAGGGCGUCACGCACGCGCUGCGAUCCACCGAGUACACGGAUCGCAACCCCCAGUACCAGUGGUUCCUCGACACCCUCGGCCUCCGCAAGGUGCACAUGUGGGACUUUUCCCGCAUGAACUUUAUCAGGACCUUCCUGUCGAAGCGCAAGCUCGCGAAGCUCGUCGAGAGCGGCAAGGUGUGGGGAUGGGACGACCCGAGGAUGCCGACGAUCCGAGGCGUCCGCCGUCGCGGCAUGACGGUCGCGGCGCUGCGGGACUUUAUCAUCCGGCAGGGCCCGAGCCGCAACGUCGUGGUGAUGGACUGGACGAGCUUCUGGAACGCCAACAAGAAGGAGAUUGACCCCGUCGUCGCCCGGCACACGGCGCUGCUGCGGAAGGACAUGGUCAAGGCGACGCUGACGGGCGCCGAGGCCCCCUCCGAGGUGAGGGUGGAGCAGCGGCAGAAGCACCCCAAGAACGCCGAGGUCGGCAUGAAGGACGUCGUCUUUUCGCCCGAGAUUUACAUUGACCAGGCCGAUGCCAAGAGCUUCAAGGCCGGCGAGGAGGUGACGCUCAUGGGCUGGGGCAACGCCUUUGUCCGUCACCUGCCCGAGCAGGAGACCAUCGGCGACAUGAGCAUGGAGCUGAACGUCAAGGGCGACUUCAAGUCGACGGACAAGAAGAUCACCUGGCUCUCGGCCCAAGGUCUCGAGCUCGUGCCGGCCGAGCUGUGGGACUUUGACUACCUCAUCACGAAGGACAAGCUCGAGGAGGACGACAACGUCGAGGACUUUCUCAACCCGACGACGUCGAGCGUCGAGGAGGCCUGGUGCGACGCCGGCGUCGGCAAGCUCAAGGCCGACGACAUCAUCCAGCUCGAGCGACGCGGAUUCUACAGGGUGGACAAGGGCAUGAAUGAUUGGAAGGCAGGCGAGGCCGGAGCCAAGGGAGCGAGGGUCGUCCUGUUCAGCAUCCCGACCGGCAAAGCGUCCAAGUAG